CGAAUUAACAGUAUACUGAAAAGCGACCAACACAAAAGAGUUCCACAACAACGUAAACAACUUGCCAGCACUUGUUUUGUUAUCAUAUGGGAGAUAAAAUAGGGAUAUUUCAGCAUGCGUAUUAUAGCAAAGACGCAAACAGACUCAAAUUGAAGACACCAACACCUGAUUGACAAUGACCUCAAAAUUACGAGGACCCAAACAUUUACAGUUGCUACAAAAAGAAAGUAAGAAGCUGCAUGGUGAUGUAGAAGAUCUUGAAAAUGCAUUGAUUCUUCACCAAAGGUUUCAAGAAGUGGAUGAAAACAGUGUUAGGGGAAUUCUAAGAAAGGAAAUUGGUGGAUCAAGAUGGGAGCAUGGCGGUGCUGGAAAGCUGAACAGCUAUAGAGGGGUGAAGGAUCUAAACAGAGAAAACUCAGAACAGAAGAGAACUGUGUCCCAGAAUCCAAAAAGAGAUCAAAGAAAUGGAGCCCAGCUGAAAGGAAACAGUAAUAAAAACUUAACUGUUGACAGUAAACAGCUAGGCUUUACGUAUAAUGUCAGUGAUAAAGCAUCAGAAGAUACAUCUCAAGUAAGUGGAAGAAAGAGAAGAGAGAAGGAGUGUGCUCCAACUGAUGAAGGAGACAAGAGAAAGAAGCAGGAAAGGGGAGGGAAGGAGGUACCCAUUACUAUGGACACCUUCACAGUGGAUAAAGUGUCUGACAUGAAAGCUAAAGUUUUGGAGAAGGUCAGUUCUAAAGUCAUAUGGAGAAAGAAAAAUUCUGAUAUUAAGGAUAUAAGUGCAGAGAGUAAAACUAAAUCAGGUGGUGUACAAAAUGAAACAAAGUCAAAAUCAGCUGUGAAAAAGGAAGAAGCUAGUGAAUUGAGAGUACCAACAAGUGAUUCUAGCAAAGAGGACAGAAGCAAAACUGUGAAAAGAAAGGACCUGGUGGCUCAGAAGGGCAAUGUUAAACCUUCCAGGGAGUUGUAUAAAGAGACCAAAAAAGAAUCCCCAAAACAAACCAACAGAAUCGAUCCUGAAUUGUUUAGCAAGAACACAACAUCUUUAUCAGAAGUCUCCAAGGUUCAUGAUGGUGAAGUAACAUCCAAAAACUUCAACUCUCAUUCCUCAUAUUCUAGUCAAAGUUUACAAAAGGAGUUGCUUUCAAAACCAAAAGACAAUGGUCCUAGUCCAACAAGAGUGAAAUGUGACCCUAGUGUUUACAUGUGGAUAAGGAGAAUGGCUCUUUUGGAGGAAGAAAAAUACAUUGAUAUGUUUGCAAGAAACGAAAUAGAUCUUAGUAUAUUAAUUACAUUGGAUGAAAAACAACUUGAAAAAAUGGGAGUUCUGGCCUUAGGAGCAAUGAAAAAACUCUUAACAGGAAUAGAGGAACUCAAACAAAAGAAGGAAAUCCAGCCAGUUCAUCAAGAUGAAAAUUCUGUUACUGGUAAAUCUAGUCCAAAGACCAGAAAUACAGAAAAAAUGUGUCCAACUACAUCUGCUUCUGUAAAAAGCAAAAGUGAAAUAAAGUCACCAAAGACUCCAGAGAGUUCAAGAAUGAAAGACUCUUCAUCUCCAUUCUCAAUUUCGUCCACAGGAGAUGAAAAACCAAAAGAUCGUACAUUCACAAAGCCUAGUGCUUCUGUAAAAAGAUCCAACAGCAUAUCACAAACAUAUACAAAAGUGGAGGCUGGCCAGAAUUUUGGCAGUGAAUCUCAAAGAAAUUCAAGGAAAUUGGAUAGAAAUAGCUCAGCUAGACCAAGAGAUAGUUCACUGACCAGAGGCAAACCCAGUAAAGGGGUCCUGUUAGCUGACAGGCCACAGAGUAGCAAAGGGAGGAGCAGGAAACAGAAAUCUGGUCCAAAUCUUCCCAGGGCAAACUCAGCAAAGUCUGCAGAUGUUACAAACAAAAAGGCAACAGAACUGGUCAACAAAAAGGCAGAAGAAGGCAUCAAAGCAGCACUAAAGAGAAGCAAAAUCAGACAGGAGCCAUCAGAGGAGAGAUUGUUAAAGGAACAAAACAAAUAUAACAGGGAUGAAAUGGCAGCAAGGCAUAUAGAGAGAGAAAAGAAAAAGAGAGAGGAAUCAUUGGAAAGAAUGCAACAAGAGGAAGAAGAAGCAAGACAGAAAGAAAUGGACACUACAGAGGAUGAGGAAGACUCUUUGGAGGAUCUAGUCAAGGUCAUCAACUAUGGCAACACAGUCAGGCCAACCGAAGCUGAUGGGGAGAUUCCUUUGAGUUCUUCACCUCAGAAACGACCCCUGUAUCGACCCAACCCCUCCAAACCCCCACUUAGACAAAGUAUGGCUGCUCCAAUCAGUUCCCCCUACCUCCAUCAGGAAAACCAAGGUUUUAGUUCCAACAGAAAUAUGUCCAGUCGACAUUCCUACAGCUCCAGAACAAACACCGUCAAAGACAUUGAAAAACAGAUAAACACACUGACAAAGAAAGCUCUGGCAGGGGACACAGUCACAAUGGACCUGGUGAAAGAUCUCCAGAAACGCUUAGAGGAGCUAGAAACUCAGAUCAAGAGCCCACCAGAUAACUCAGUUGCUGGAAAUCGAAGGUCAAAGAGCAGAUAUGUAGGUCAAGGAGAUGCAAACCUUCCAUUCAGUGACUUAGAGGGAGGUCAGAGGUCAAGGAAAAUGUCAGGGUCACAGAAAAAAGGAGGAGAUUUUGAGGAAUUAAAACAGGAGAGGAAACAACACCGCAGCGAGCUUCGGCAACUUCAGUCGGAACUGAGCAGAAUUCGACACAAUGACCCAAUUCGCUCUGUUGAGAUCAGCAUAAAGGAUUUAGAUUAUGAUGAGUCUGAUGUGAUGGGAGAGGGGUCGUUUUCCACAGUUUACCAUGGUCUGUACCAGGGAUCAGAUGUGGCAAUCAAACAGCUGAGAGUUCCUCUCUGCCCACAGGACUACAACUACUUUGCUGCAGAGGUGAACCUGUUGAAAGACCUUAGACAUCCACGUGUGGUGCUACUGAUGGGGGUUUGCACCACUGAGCGGCUCCCUCUGAUGGUGCUGGAGUACAUGGCCAACGGAACACUACACCAGAGGCUGCAUGACACUAGCAGCCCAGCCCUAGAUCAUGCAGAGUUCUUCAGAUAUGCUCAUGACAUUGCUCUGGGUAUGAAUUAUCUUCAUCAACACAAACCAGCAGUCUUACAUUUAGACUUGAAAUCAAUGAAUGUUUUACUGUGUGGGGACAAUAGAGCAAAGAUAGCCGAUUUUGGAUUUUCAAAAUUCAGACAUGAUGCAGACCUGAAGGCCAGUAGAGCCUCAAAGUGUAAGCCUGUUCAGGGCUCCCCCUGCUGGAUGGCACCAGAGCUACUAGAAACAGGGGACAUAACUACAAAGGCUGACGUCUACAGCUUUGCUAUUGUCCUGUGGGAAAUGUUAACCAGGAAACAGCCAUUCGAAAAUUGUUCAGUCUAUCAGGUGUUGGAGAAAAUACGGACAAACAAACGACCAGAGAUUCCAGAGUCAUGUCCAGACCAGUUGUCUAGCUUCAUCAAACAAUGCUGGGAUCCCCUACCCACAAGGAGACCUCCGUUCAGGGAUAUUUUGAUCAAACUGGACCACAUGACCUUUCCACCUGAUUGGCAGGCUCUCUUUAAGGAGGCGGGAAUUCCUCCUGUGGCCCUAGAAGAUGUCCAAUCAGCACGCACCAUUAUCAGUCUAGUCAGCAACACGUUGGAUACAGAAAAUGUACGCACACUUGUUCAGGACAUCAGAAUGUCACAUGACAGUCAUGUGCCCCCCACAGAGUCCCUGACCCUGUGUAUUCCUGAAGACCCUACCCCCCGUCCAAGAUCAAGUCUGGAUUCUGACUCUUCAUGCGAUAGUCUUUCACUUUCCAAUGGUUUCACAAACAAAAAAUUAGAGCUUUCAUCUCCAAGUCCAAAUCAAGCACCUGUUGUGAGCAGCAGUGUGGAUUUAAGUUUAAAUUUGAAGGCUUUGAACAGCGAGAGGUCACCUAUAGUUCAUGAUGCAAAGAAAUCCAUUGAAAUCAAUGAAAGCAAUGACUCAAAGUCACCAAUAGAAAAAUCAUCAAGCACAUCUAACUGUCAGCAACACACAAAAACUGAGCAGCAAAAUGUAACAAGCCAACAGCAGCAAAUCACGACAGAUGAACAAAAGUCCACUACACAGAGAUCUAGUGUUACUAGGUUGUCACUAGAUGCAGAAACUUUAAACAAGCAGAAGCAAAAACUGAAAACCUCUAAUGAUUUUGAAACGGCUAGAAAAGAAUCUCCCAAAGUGCAGAAAAGUCUAGAAAAAAAUGCAUCUGUUACAAAAGAGAGUGCUUCCAAAACCCCCAAACCCACUCCUAGAUCAUCAAAAGGUGUUCCACAUGUAUCACUGCAAGAUGAACUAAAGCUUCGAUUAAGUAGUGGAGAGCCCCUGAAAUCAAAUGGUGAGCCAAUAUUAAAGGAAAAUAAAAUGGUUCCUGCUUCACCAGGAAAAGACAGUGGUUUACCUCCGACUCGUCAGACUAAAGAAACAGUGACUGUCCAGACUUCUAACUCCAUCAUGGAAAACAUAGAGUCAGGAGAGGAGAAGAAAGAGGAUAGAUCUGAGGAUAUUGAGGACAUUCCUGAGGAGAUUGAGGACAUUCCUGAGGAGAUAGAGGAGGAAGAUGACAUAGAUGUGGAUAGUUUGGAUGAAAUGCCUCUUCGAGACAGCCUGGAAACAGAGAAUAGUGGUCUAUUAAUGAAACAAUCCAAUUCCUUCAAAGUGGUCACAGAUACAAGCACCAGAGAGAAUGUUAGAAGAAGCAAAAAUGGGUCCAUCCUUGAUGAACUUAAUUCCAAGUUUUAUGAUGCAAAGAAUGUGAAAGUAAUAGGGCAACAGACAGGUUCUCUUUUGUCUUUAGGAACUGCCAGACAAAGUAUUGAGGCAUGGGUGGAUGAAAAAGAUAGAAUGGACAGUGCUAGAAGUGACCGCUCCAGGAAAAGAACCCCUCCCUCACAGAUGAUGCCUCCCCCAAUACUGAUCCCAGAAAACCCACCCCCUCCACCUCCCCCUCCCCCUCCUCCUCCACCACCUUUUUCAAGCCAAAGUCUUCAAGGGCCACCUACUUCAAUACAGACUGGAUUUUCAGUGGUCUCCCCUUCACAAUCUUCUUUGAAAACCUUGGCUCUUCCUUCUACCUCCCCACGGCGUAAACAGCCAAUAAAAUCUGAGGCAGAGUUGAGGACUAAAUUUAGCUCUGAAAAUACAGGGUUUAUGUUGAAGUCAGUAGAGCUGCGUGAACGAAAGGAACUUCUAGUCCCAACAGAUGAACCUCAUCCCUAUCAACUGAAGGAUCUAAGUCAAGUCAGCAAAGGAACCAUUUCCUCCAUAGCAGACAUUCUGAAACAGGCUGUGUCAAGCAGGCGGAUGGCUAUGAAAGAAGAUAUGCAUAGCCCCACCCACUCUGUUGCCAGUAGUUGGUCAUUUGUAGAUGAUUGACAGCAUCAUGAAGACACUCCCCUGUUUAUGUUUUUGCUAGUCUGUCUUACAUUUAUUCUCAAAUAUGUACCACAAUGUAUUCCUUUCAGUGUAUUUGCUAAAGAGAGGCAAGUGCAUCCAUCCUUGAUCUUCUAAGUUUAGAUUAAAUUAAAAACCUUGUCUGUCCCUCUGUCCAGCUUUUUAAAUAAUACUCGUAAAUCAUAAAUAUUUGUAGUGGCUCAGUUUUCGUGGAAUUUUAUCUGUAACCCUCAUCCACUUAUUCCAAUUCUCAAUUGAUUUUAAAAUUUGAUCUGUUUUCAUUAUUUAUGAAAGUGAGUCCACCAAACUAUGUGCCCAGAAUAAAAACUGUACCCCCCCCCCCCUCAAACAAAUUCAAAUAAAUUCACAGUAGAUUAGUUCUCCAUUAAUAAAUCUCUAUUACACUGAUAUAAUUCAGCACAUAUCAGGCAGGCAAUGUCAGUCUACAAUUUGCAGGCAUAUGUCCUAAUUUUAUCUAAUAUUGAUACAUAUAUUUGAGGACAACACUCAUAACUAAUUUUAUUAACUCAUGCCAAAAGAAUUUUUUACCCUACUUUAGCACUUCAUAUACACAUUAGUCUGAUCAAAGCAUUCAUGCAUUCAUUUUCUCAAAAUCCUUUCAAACUGACUGUUAGAUUACUAGCUAGUUUCAGUGUCAAGAUCAAAGUCCUCAGACAACCUUGACCUUCAAUUUUAUUUUGUUGUGAAUCUCAAUAACAUGCCAUUAAGGCAUUAUUUCAUGUCAUUAUUAAUGCACUUAUGUUAUUGUAUCAAGUUGGACAUUCCAAAACCUAUUGAACAUACACAAGUGAUUUACACUGACAACAUCUAAUUUGUUUGUAAUGAUAUGGCAGUUACAUGUAUAGGUAAAAAGUUACCGAGUGCUGAAGGUAAUAUAUUGUCUACACAAAAUAAUGUGAUUCAAGCAAUGAACAAUCGUUUUCAGUUUAGUGCUAAUAAAGUAAUAUUGUAUAUGUUGCCAUGCAAGUGUUCUGUGUGUUGUCAAAUUUUUUGUCACAUUCCAAUCUUUACAUGCUAUUACAUGUAUUUUAAAGUAUCUAUGUUGUGCAGUGUCAUAAUGUCUUAAAUUGUCACCAUUUUCAUACACAAACUUUAAUUAAGGUAUUGUGAUGUUAUUUUUUAUACUUGUGUCAUGGAGUGCAAGAAUCACUUUUUUUUUUUAAUUUUUGGGGGGUUUUAGCACAAUUUUUGUUUGUUUUGGUUGAAGAACACUUUAUAGAACUGCAGUUUACAUGUAUGUAUGAAUUAUAAAAAUACAUGUAGUUACAGAGUUUAAAUUAAGAUUAUUUCAAGCAUAAAACAUUAAUAACACUUAAUAUGUUAAUAGAUAGAUAGAUUUUUAUUGUAAAGAAUCAGGUAGUCCAUUUAAAACAAAAACAAUCUAUAUAGAAAAUUAAAUGUAUUUACUUAAACAUUUAUUAUAAUUUAUUUACAUGUAGUAAAUAUAGUAGAGAUACAUGUAAGUAAUAUAAUUAUCUACAUAGUUAUUUAACUAUUUACCUAAGGUAGUUUACUUGGUUCUGCUUGAAGCUUGCGGGGUGUAAAAAUUGAAAUUCUUUUGAAGUGAUUAGAUUGAAAUUUGAUUUAUGCUACGACCAGUAGCUCCUUUAUUUCAAAUAUAAAACUUGUAAGAGAGUGAAAAUCUUGCCAUUGCAAGCCAAUGCUGACCUGCAUUCCAUCAAUUUUAAAGGCAUAAAGAGCUGAUCAACAUUUAUAAAUAGCAAAGAGGGGCCAUUCUUUGAGAGCAAAUAUGAAUAAUAUUAAUAUAAUAUAUAAAAUAAUUCAGCAUCCGUCCUUGUUAGCCAAUUCUAGCUCAGGGUUAUAUAUUUACAUUGUUAUUAGUUAUCAAUGACUGUACGUCUCUUGUUGUAAUGUAAUACUGUAUGUAUAGUAUAGACUGCAGCAAACAAUGUAAUCAAUUUGAUAGGUACAAGUACUGUUAAA